AUGGGGGAACAGAAAGCGGUUUUGCACGCAGACUGCGUGUCGGCCAAUGCGUGCGUGACAUUAGACGAGCUUUUGCCUGUCUCGAAUAAAGGGUACGGCGAGAUUAGUCGGGGACCGGAUUGGAAGUGGUGUGGUUUUGAAUACAUAUACGAUGUAGCAUUACACUCACACGUGCUGGCUGUUGUGAUCCGUGCACACGGCAGAGAGGACAGAUCGUUUGCGUUCAUCCGGUCACAGGAUCUGGCGAAGGGGGAGAUCAAAGCCAUCUUCAACCUCACAAAGGCCAACGUCUCACACUACUACGCCGAAUGGAGCGAUGAGGAGAAGAUGGAGGAGCUUAGGAGUCCAACAAGUAGGUAUCUGCUGGUAGAAAACAACGAAGACGAAGACAGCCUGUCAUACAAAGCAAUUACUUCCUUCAGAUUCGAGAUGGAUGACUUCGAAGUGCUGCCCAUCAUGUACUGUUACGAACUGCAAGUAGCGCAAGACUUCCGCGGCCAAGGCCUUGGCAAGACACUCUUAAAAGCUCUCGAAGACAUAGGACGACACAGGCGCAUGCGACAAGUUGUGCUGACGGUGCAGAAAGCCCUAACCCCUACGCUGGUCAUGCGAUGGACACUGCCAGGCACCCGUGCACUUGCUGUGGUUGUCCCGUGGUGUGCUUUGAGGGGCGUUGUAUCAAGUGAGCCCUGA